GCUUUUCAAGACAUUUCGGUCAUCACACUUUUAAAACAUUUCGGUCACGGCCUAGUCAGUUUUUGCCGUUGCAAUAGGAGCUUCGUACAGAAGUCCACAUGUAUGAUGGCCGAAUACUCUCGGAAUGAUUUGAAACAAAUUGAGAACACUAGCGAUGAAGAUAUUGAAGAUGAAACAAUAUGUGAGCGAUUGUGGGGCCUAACAGAAAUGUUUCCAGAAACAGUGCGCAAUGGUACACAUAAACUUACACAACUGUCAUUAAAAGGAAUCACCAAGGCUUACAAGUUUUCUAGAUCCACAUUAUGGAUUUGUGGAACUUCAUUUGUUGUUUUAGCCCUUCCUGUGUUGUUUGAAAUUGAACGCGUGCAAACUGAAGAAGCAGCAUUGAUGCAACAGCGUCAGAUACUGUUAGGUCCUGGAAGUGGUGCAGGCCAACAACCAUUACAACCAAGGCGUUAAUAAAAUAAAUUAUAAGAAUGCAUCUUUUAUCGUGUAGCUACCUCUUGUGCAAAGGCUUGUAUGUAAAUACAUAAAUAUACGCGUUUAA